CAGCAUUUAAAAAAAAUUUGGGAUGGUGUAAUUGGGGAUAAGUAGUUUGUUAUACCGCUGAUUGCAACUCUGCAUGUUCCAAUUAUGUACAUGAUUCCAGCAUGAUAUUAUCGUUAUUCCUGGUUAAAGACGCGUCACAGUGCGUCUUUCCCUCACGUCGAUUGAUUAAAUGGAGCCUUUUGAUUGGACCAGACGAACAAACUACCGGGGCUACUUGCCUACCGUAGUAAUAGCUAAAAAAACAGGAAUGGAAGCGACUACCUACUCCUGAGCCUCACCCCCGGAAGCUGCCCUGCUGGCUCCAAAUCAAAAUUCUUUCAAGCGCCACGCUACACACUCUAGACACUCUGACACUGCACACUUACACACUAAACGCUAUCUCCAUAUUCUCUCCAUAUUUUCCAUAAUUCCCUUUUUCCCUUCCCAUCUGGUGCUGUAGUCCCUGGUUCCUUCAUAUGUACUUCUUGUACAUUCUCUCUCUCUCCAACUGACCCACGAUACCUAGGCUUAGGUACGUGUACCAAUGUCAUUCUUUACAAUACUAUCUUUAUUAUCUGCCCCCGACAUAUCUGUCUUGACCGACGUCAUUAAGCCUCCCAGCAUUCGGUGGCAAUAAGGUGUGUGCGAGAGAGAUAGAAGAGAAGAGAGGGAGAAAUGAGGCCGCGCCAACUGAUCUUAACUGGCGGGCUCGUCUUCAUUGGCGUCUGCGUAGUUACCCUCUUCCGACUGGGGCCCUCCGGUACCAAUCUCUCGGACCUAAAACCUGGUCCUCUAUCGCAUGGCAAAUACGGCGCUGGGAAAGAUGGCUCGACAGUACCGCAAGAACCUCCGCCUUCGGCUCCCGUCCCAUUCGACCCUAAACCGAAACCUGCCCCCGCCGGGUCGCAUCCUAUGUGGUACCUGAUCACACAGGCGGAGCAAGAGCUUGAAGCUACAAAGGCGCGGCAGUCUAAGAAUGUUAAGGAUGCGGUUGCUGAGUACCGCAGGCGGUACGGCAUACCGCCACCGCCCAACUUCGACCGGUGGUUCGAGUUCGCGAAGGCGAAGGGUGUUCAGCUCAUCGAUGAGUUCGAUAUGAUCCACGAGUCGCUGACCCCCUUCUGGGGCCUCAGGCCCGCUACCAUACGUGCCCGCGCCAAGGAGGCCCUGGGCUUCGAUAACGCUCUUUUGGGAAUACAGAUUCGUAAUGGAAAGAUAACACAUAUACAGGGUGGUGGCGAGUGGCAACGUGAGGCUACCGCUGGGAUGAUGGGCAAAUUUCUGAAGUGGUUGCCCGAUAUGGAUUUGUGCUUCAAUCUGCACGAUGAGUCUAGGGUUGUUGUGCCCCAUGAUGAUUUGGCUAGACUCGUCAAGAGGGCUAAGGAUAUUAAUAUGCCAGCGGCAAACCUCCACCCUAAUCCGAAGAACGAGUUCACAUCCAAGCCCAGGGGGUUGAAUGCUGGGACUAGAUUUGACGAGAGCAAAUUGACACGGUUCAACGUCUUCGCACAUCAGCCAACAUGGACUCAUUCGCGGUUGUCGUGUCCCCCGGAGAGUCCUGCGAGGGGACUAGAGGAGGAUGAGAAGAAAGAUGAUAUUUCGAAAUACGGCCUAGGAGAGUUGGGCUUUAUCUAUAAUAUUACUGCUAUGUCGGAUAUAUGUUAUUCACCCUCGCUUAGCUCGACGUUCGGUUUCUUCGACAGGCCGAACGCGUAUAACAUCGUUCAUGACCUAUUCCCCAUUUUCUCGCAAUCUAAGAUCUCAUCAUACUCGGACAUUUUGUACCCAUCCCCUUGGUACUGGUACGAAAAGGUGAGCUAUGAUGAAGCCAAGGAUAUGCCAUGGGACACCAAAGAAGAUAAACUGUAUUGGCGUGGAUCCACGACAGGAGGUUUCAGCCGUAAUGGUGGGUGGCGGCGCCAGCACCGACAACGGUUCGUGCAGAAGAUUAAUGCGGCGGAUAGCGCCAAGAUCUUGGUCAAUAACGGGGGUAAUAACCAGAAGUGGGAGACCAAGGUCGUACCACGAGGGGACUUCAAGGACCUGAUAGAUGUAUACUUCUCAGGGGUAGGGCAAUGUGAUCCCGGCGACUGCGAUGCACAGAAGGAGUUUUUCACAAUAAAGGGGCAUGCAGAACAGCAGGACGCCUGGCGGUACAAGUAUUUGCUUGAUAUCGAUGGCAAUGCUUUCAGUGGACGUUUCUACGCGUUCCUGCGUAGUAAGAGUCUGGUGUACAAGUGGGCUGUAUUCCGCGAGUGGCAUCUUGAAUGGCUGAAACCAUGGGCUCAUUACAUCCCCUUGAGCAUACAGGGUGAUGAAUGGCUUGAGUCGGUGAGGUUUUUCGGUGAUGGAAGUCUAGGGAAAAAGGAGGCCGAGAGGUUAGCGAAUCAGCAACGCGAUUGGGCUGAUAAGGUCUUGAGACAUGAGGAUAUGGAGGUGUGGUUCUUUAGGCUGCUGCUUGAAUACGGCAGAGUUGUUGAUGACGACCGAGCAAGCAUCGGAUACACAGUGGGCGCACCCUCGAACAACGCGGAAACUGCCCCUGGUCAAAACUAAGGAGGAUGAAGGCAUUUAAUGCAAGGUCUGGGAAGAAAUAUGGUCGACUCACAACACAUGUUGGAUUUGACUGGCCGGCGUACGGUGUGUUUAAUGUAUAAAAACAACUAGCAUGGUCGGAGUUCAUUUUUUUUAAUGUUUCGCUUCUGGAAUAUACGCGUACAUAUACUACGUUACGCACGUACGCGCUUGGAUACGUGGACGGAUGAUGGACGUUCCUGGGGUUAUCUACCCAGGUAUGCACGGAAAGAGAAUAGGCAAGCUGAUGGUUUAAUGUGCUCGUAUAUGAGGAUGUGAAUGAUAUUAAAGAGUGGGAGAGGGAGGCAUAUAUGGUAUUUUGACCUGCGAUGAUUUCUAGGUCUGAUCUGAAAGUAUCUAUCUAUCUAUUAGACGGCGAGGUGUUUGACUACUACAUAGGGACAUAAGGUUGCACCUCAUCUGCGAGCCUUUUAAGCUACGCUAGACGGAUGGAUGGAUGGAUGGAAUCUGAACCUACGUGUACGUAUGUAGUAUCCACACCACCUAAGUAGAAGUUAAUGCUUAAUCAUGAAGCUAUAUGUCUUA